AUGGGCGAGGAUGCUCAGCUAGAUGAAGCAGACGAGGGCUAUGGCCUAUCACCAGCACUCGAUGAGUCAUUGAAACUCGAUGACGAAGCUGACCGAUGGAUCUGUUCUAUUGACGGGUCAUGCAUAACAAAGAAAGGAGGACGCCCUUAUGAACAGUAUGAGCUUCGACCGUGCUCGGAGAGUGCCAUGGGAGCUGAGCAACAAGAGCUACGACCUGCUGUUUCCAGAGAAACAACGAUGACGUUCCCUGCAAUGGUUCUUGAUGACAGUCAACCUGUAUUCCAAAAGGUUUCGAGACAGCAAAAAUCGAUAAUUUAUGAAAGUCAAGACCAUUCUGCCAUAAUUCUACCCCACCCUUCGAAUACAUCGACGAAAAAGGAUCGAUCGCCUAUGAAUCGAUCAAACGCUCAUCACCGAUCUUCUCGUGGGGCACGACGUGAAAUAAGCCCGAUUGCUCGUGUGUCCAGCUUCAGCUGCUUGCAAAAGUCCAUGGCCAGCUCAACUCAGGUAUAUGAUCCACUUCGCCGAACCACAAGUCAGAUAUCGAUGUCCGUUGAGAACGGGUUUAGUGAUGAAUUGAAAACUCAAGGUGACCGUUUAAUGAAUGGUCUUAAAGCCAUAUUGAGGGAAAGAUUAGCGCAAGAGAAUCGUCUACGGCCACUAUCGUAUCCUGCGGCUCCAUCCACGCUACCAACGGCAUUAUCAUCUCGUGCCGGCAGUGUAAGCACGGUAUCAACAGGACGUGACCCAUUGACAAAAGAAGUUCGCCUUCUUCGAGAGGCCUUAGAUGGUUUCGAUCUGAUUGGACGGGCACAAGGGGGCAAUUCUCCCGUUCCAAAAGGAGACGAGACUAUUCCGGACUCGUUCACGAUGCCUGACGAAGUAAUUUCGCUGGAUAGGCCUGCUAGUGGAUCGCGCGGAACAUCCGCUGUGGAACAAGCCCGGCUCAGUUCUCGUGGUUCCGUUCAGCUUCUUAGCGAUAAUGCAGGACAAAACACUAGACACACUUCUAAUGCUCUACGAAGGCUUGGUAGCGGAGCAUUCGACCGGCACUCCGAUAAGCAUCUGAGAGAACAAGGUGUGAACACUCACAAGGUUCCUGUUCGUCACGUGGUCAUAACUCAUCGUGUAAAGCAUGAACUGCAUGGCCUCCAGUCCGGUAGUAAACGAGAUGGUUUCCAUAUUGGGUCGCUUGACGGAAAGCCACGUUUUCAACCGUUCAAGUUGAAAUCCAAUGCAGACGACAUUUAUCAAAUGCUGGAUAUCGACUCCGUUCCUCACCUUGGCAAACGUGAUGAAGCGCGGAAGGCAUUCGACGGUGCUGCAGCUCGAAGUAUCAUUCAUGGAGAGCCAGAGGAGGACACUCGUCAUCAUGUACAGAAGCAGCGAAGAACCGGUGGUGGGAAGCGUGGCAGACCGGUUGUCAUCGGAAGGUCCCUGUAUAGCAGAGGCAGAGUGCACUUUAGACCACACGUGAAUUACCAUCCGCUACCAAGGAACAAAAGCUCAGAGGAAGCUCCACCACCCGAAGAGUGUGAACGACAUGAUGCGGCAAUUAUGACUGAAGAAACAAAUGAGCAAGGUCCUGCAGAUGACAAGGAACCAGAUGAGGCUGCUCAAGACCAGGUAGAUGAUGAAGACGACGAGGAUGAGGACUCGCCACCUACCCGCAGAAGAUCUCCCACCCAUAAGAAACAACCUUUUGUUGGUUCCGGGCUGAAGGCCUCGAAUACCUUUUCCAUUGCCGGCAAUCAACAGCAAGUCAUGAAAGUAACCAGCACUCGAUUCCAGGAGUGGCUUCCGCUCAUGAGGAGUAUCAUCUACGACUCACGUUGUAAGGACUACGCGCAAGCACUCCAGAGGGACCUCGCUCGACAGAAGCGCUCUCAUUCGGAACAGAUGCGUCUACUGCACAUAGACUUGGACGAGUGCAGAAGUGAGUCUGAAAGACAAGAAAUCCGUGCCGACAUUGCUCGACUAAAACAGCAAUGGACUGGUAAACAUGAACGAGUCCUUGCAUGUCUGAACGAGCUUAUAUCGAAAGGUGGUGUCUGGUCGAAAGUUCAACAAUUAAGGACGAUCUAUUCCGCUCUUGUGUCAUGA